AUGGCUCUCACAGCUUCUUCGUCAUGGCUGACAGUCACUUUGGCUCUCUUCUCCUUUCUUUCUUUCCUCCUCCCCACUAACGCACUGUACUUCUAUGUUGAUGGUCGCCAGACCAAGUGCUUCUACGAGGACCUGCCGAAGGACACCUUGGUAGCAGGUACCUUCUCAACCUAUGUUAUCAACUCCCAAACCAACGUCUACGCAAUCGACCACAACCUCCGCGUUAUGAUCACUGUCGACGAGACAUUCGACAAUGAUCACCGCGUUGUCUCAAAGCGCGAGCACCACUCCGGCCGCUUUACUUUCACCGCUGCUGACGCCGGUCAGCACAAGAUCUGUUUCUUGGCCGACACGGAUGUCCAGACAAGUGGUUGGUUGUCCAGCGCACAGGGCGCUGUUAAGAUCUCGCUUGAUAUGGCGAUUGGUGAGACCAGCAAGAUCGAGACUGAGGAUAAGGAUAAGAUGAAGGAUAUCGUGCAGCGCGUUAAGGACUUGAAUGGUCGAUUGCAUGAUAUUCGCCGCGAACAGGUGUACCAGCGGGAACGUGAGGCCGAGUUCCGUGAUCAGUCAGAAACUACUAACUCCCGUGUUGUUCGCUGGACUCUUAUCCAGUUAGCUGUUCUUUCUGCUGCUUGUGCCUGGCAACUCUCCCAUCUGCGGUCAUUCUUCAUUAAGCAGAAGUUGACUUAG